GCGACCACCGGAUGGAUUUUUAAAAUAUCAGGCCUGCGUUUUCAUAAGCGAAUUUACUGGACUUCCUUUGAAAAGCUAGCGCGCAGCAACGGGAGCUACCUGAUCUCGCAGCUAUUUUAACCGAAACUAAAAUUGUACUGUCAUCUGAAUUUAUACACAUUUCUGCAAACGUUUUGACGAGCUAUUCUUUCACUCUUAACACAAGAACAUUAGCUUUCUAACAAGCUAGAAGUAUGACUGACAUUGGUUUGCUCUUGGACGAGAAGCUGGUAGGGGGGCUCGCUAGCUCGGUGUGGUGUUGGUGCUUUAGCAGGAUGAGCUCCACUGGCGUGCAGUACACCACGGUGCAGUCCUCGGACCGGCCCGUGACUCUGAGCGUGGGGAUGGGGCCUGGGCAGGCGGACAGGAAGCCGCGCUACAUCCAGAGAGACGGCAGCUGCAGGCUGGCCCUGGAGCACGUCCCGGGGCACCUGGGGCUGUACGUGACAGACAUCUUCACCACGCUGGUGGAGAUCCGCUGGCGGGUGAUGUUCCUGCUCUUCUCGCUGUCCUACAUCCUGUCCUGGCUGUUCUUCGGCCUGCUCUUCUGGAUCAUCGCGCUGGCGCACGGGGACCUGGUCGGCCUGUCCGACGGGCCGUGCGUGGACAACGUGCGCAGCUUCACCGCCGCCUUCCUCUUCUCCCUGGAGACGCAGACCACCAUCGGCUACGGCUUCCGCGGGAUGACGGAGAACUGCGCGGUGGCCAUCGCCCUGGUGACCGUGCAGGACGUUCUCAGCUGCUUCAUCGACACCGUGGUCAUCGGCAUCGUGGUGGCCAAGAUGGCGUCCGCGCGCAAGCGAGCGCAGACGGUGGGCUUCAGCAGCUGCGCGGUGAUCAACCGCCGCGACGGCCACAUGUGCCUGUCCUGGCGCCUGGGCGACUUCCGUAAGAACCACAUGGUGGAGGGCGUGGCCACGGCCCAGAUCGUCCGGCUCCAGCAGCGGACCUCCGGCGAGGUGGGCGUGGCCUACCAGGACCUCCCCCUCCAGCAGAGCGACAUCCUCCUGGCCACGCCCACCACCGUGACCCACCCGAUCGUGCUCGGCAGCCCGCUGUACGGCCUGAGCAUGCUGGACUUGUACCGGGAGGACUUUGAGCUGGUGGUGUCCUUCACCUACACGGGCGACUCCACCGGCAUCCUGCACCAGACCCGCUCCUCCUACCGGCCCGCCCAGAUCCGCUGGGGCGCGCGCUUCAAGGACGUCCUGCUGGUGAAUGGGCCGAGCUACAGGGCUGACUACACCCUGUUCCAUGAGACCGUCCCGGUCCAGUUCCACGCCCGCAGCGCCCAGGACCAGGACCGCUGCAAGCCGGACGACCCCGCCACCACCCCCGCCCUGACCAAUGGCCAAGCACCACCCAAUGCCAGCCCCACCCAUGCAACCCCAUAGGCGCUCUGAGCACUGCAAAAACAGCACACACACACACACACACACCACACACACUCACACUCACACACACACGCUCACACACACACACACACACACCACACGCACUCACACUCACACACACACGCUCACACACACACACACACACACCACACACGCUCACACACACACACACUCACACACACACAUCUCAUACCUGGGACUGGAUAAAGCCUGUUUAAUCUUCUUCUUGUAUUGGACAUAGAAACACAGGAAAGUCAUAGCAGCGGUGGCUUGGGAUUCCGGUUUGCAAACUGGCGUGAGACUCUAACAUAUUUAAACUCUCUAUUAGGGUAGACAACCUACUUCUGCCUGACCCCUUCUCCCUCUCCGCUUCCUCAGCCUAGGGAACAUUUACCACAGACUCUGUCUCAUUUUCCUAUGAUUGUGCAUAUUAAAACCCUUUUAUUAAUACUCCGUUCUUAUUAAACACUAUCCGUCAUCUAA